UCUUUUCCAUUCUCUCUUUCAAAUUCAUUGGCUCUUGCACCUGAAACUUCAGUGACCUAAAGAGUUCGGUGGUAGAUCUCUCCACCACCCUGGGUAUAGAAGUGUUAUUUAUUUGUUUACAACAAUGAGGACGGACAAAACUUGAAUUUCCUCUUGGCCUUUUCUGCCAGUCCAACACGUCCGUCAAAUAAGUUUGCAAGCAACAGGAGAACGUGAAAAAGAUCGCCCUAUUUUGUCCCCACAUGCCGGAUGGGUACAUCCUUUCAUUCGAUUUAAAUGCGUAGGGUGGACAGCAAUGAAUGAUGAGUUCAACCACAAAAUGAUUGUUGAAGCUCAGCACACUUGGGAGAUCACUGAGAAUUAAGAGGAAGAGGAGCAGAGAAGAGCAAGAGAGCAACCAAUACAGGAAAAAAGGGCAAAGAUCUAAUCGUUGUUGGGAUUGGUUGGUUCAAAUUGGUGUUUGCAUUGAGGAAUCUUUGAGUGCUAACUAUGUUUAAACAAGCAUCUAACCGGUACCAGAGAUCCAAGGGGUUCAAGGUGAAGCAUGCUUUUCAGAUAGCCUUAUUGGUUGCUGUAAGCGUAUGGCUACUCUACCAGGUUAAGCAUUCUCAUGAUAAACGGCGUGCAUAUGAUGAAAAACAGAUAGUAGCACACAUUGAAAGUAAUGCGGAGAGGAUAGAUGGAUGGAAUGCUAAUGGAUUAGGGCGUAAGGGGAAAUUGGAGGUUUUUGAUGAGGGUUCCACUUCCACCAAUAUAAAUGCAGAAAAGAAUGAAGAAAAUGAAGAGGAAGAGGAAAUUAAGGACCCGCAUACUAGUUCUGAGGAGAAUGAGCAUCAAGAUCAGGGUGUUGGAGAUGAUGAAAUAGAUCGGCAUGCGGAGGAGAGAACUGAAGAACAAGAGUCUCUGGAGGAGAAUGAGAAUAUAACAGAGAAGACUGAGAAUGAUGAGGAGGGGAAAGCUGUAGAUGCAGAGGAAGAGGAACAUAGUGGAGACGUUGGUGCAAAGUUUGUCCAGAUCAUCAAACAAGAAACUGAUGACACUGAAGAAACCUCAGAGACUAAAGAUGAUCAUAACGAGAAUAAGGAAGAAACCUCAGAGGUUGAAGAUGAAAAGCACGACCAAGAGGAACACAAGAUUGCUAAAGAGCAGAGUGAAAACGAACACCAGGAGAGUGAAGAGGAUAGGAAUGCUCAGAUACAGAGUGAAAAUGAACACCGGGAGGCAGAAGAGGAUAAGAAAGCUGAAAAACAGAGUGAAAAUGAACACCAUGAGGGGGAAGAGGACAGGAAUGCUGAAAACCAGAGUGAAAAUGAACACCGCGAGGAAGAGGAGAUCAAGAAUGCUGAGGAAAAGAAUGAAAAUGAACACCAUGAGGGAGAGGAGGUCAAGGAUGCUGAGAAAAAGAAUGAAAAUAAACACCAUGAGGGGGAGGAGGUCAAGGUUGCAGAGAAAAAGAAUGAAAAUGAACACCAUGAGGGGGAGGAGGUCAAGGAUGUUGAGAAAAAGAAUGAAAAUGAACACCACAAGGGGGAGGAGGAUAAGAAUACUGAAAAUGUGGAAAACAAAUCAACAGAAUCUCAAUUAGUUCCCGAUAUUGUCCUCAAAGAAAAUGAGACAGUUAAAGCAAGUUCUCCCAAAGGAGAUGACCGUGAGGAAAAAUCUGUGGAUCCAGUUAAAAUGGAGGAAUCUGGUGCAGUUAACAACGAAACUGUUGCAGUGGAUGGUAUUAAGGAUGUUGCUUUUGUAGAUUCAAAUGCACAGAAAGAAGCAGAGAAACUUGAAGAAACAAAACAAGAAGCCAAAAUAAAUUCCACUGUUUCUUACUCUGAUUCAAAUGCAGAGACAGAACAUGAAAGAUUAGAAGAAAAUAGAAAGGCAGUUAAGGAGAGUGAAGCUGAAGAUCAUGAGAUGGAGCAAAGUUUGACAGACAAUCAUGAAAAUGUGGCCGAAAUUCGCAAGGAACUUGAUGAAUUUGCAACUUCAGAAUCAAAGAAUGAAACAGAGAAUACCAGUCAGACAAAUUUGGAAGAUGUUAAGCUUGAUGCUUCACUGGAUCAAGGAACAGCAGAGGAUGUAGCAAAGUCAAAUGAUGCUGAACAAAAUUUGGUGAGUGAUGAAGCUUCAUUCAAGACAGAUGAUGCUUCCGAAGAAACUUUUUCUUCAGAGAGGAAUGCAACUACAGAAUCUGAGCAUCCUGAUGGUGGAGAUGCUAUUUCACAGGAUAUUCCAGGUGAGAAUGAAGCAGGUGAUCGUACGGACCUUGAGACCUUACCUGAGAGUGAGACUGUAGGACAGAACUCGGAGGAAAUUUCAGCACAAUGAACAUCUACCAGAAAAAUGAGGAAAGGCUGAUCUAUCUAACGUUUGAAUGCUUCCUAAUAUUGUGAUAAAUCAAAGGUUGUUGAAGCUGAUUUUGGGCCAUAAUCAAUGCUUUGCUCAACUAUUUUGUGCUUCACAGCUGGUACCUAAACAUGAAGAUAACAAUUCAUUAUGUUAUUAGAAAUGACUGCUUUUUGUAGAGGUUAGCACAUUUCCCCUUUUUUGUUUAUUGUUAAUCUGUGCUACAUAUGUGGUAUCUGUAUUUCUUUCCCUGACAAUGCAUUCUAUCCCUGGUUGUCAAUCAUUUUAGGAUUGCUUUAUAUUCAUCGUGUUCUGUUUCAUUAUUCUCAUUUCAUGCAAGGAAAAAAAAAUUCCUUCUUUCUGUACCGAUGGACAAAAAGCUAGCUGUACUGGAUCACAGAUCAACUAUAUUUUAUAGAAAUUUUGGAGCAUGGAGCCUCUUUCGUUGUUC